AUGUCGGGUAUCCAGAAACUGAAGAUAAAAGGGGUUCGGGCCUUUCCUGAAGAGCAUCCGGCAGUUAUUGAAGUGUUUUCGCCACUUACUUUAGUGGUAGGUCGAAAUGGCACAGGCAAAACAACUAUUAUCGAGGCUCUUAAGUAUGCUACUACCGGCGGAUUGCCUCCAAAUAGUAAGAGUGGCGCAUUUGUACAUGAUGCUCAACUGUCAAGAGAAAGUGAGACAAAGGCCCAAGUUAUGAUGAAAUUUGUGGGUUGUGAUGGUCGAGAAUAUAUUCUAGUGCGUGGACUGUGGCAGAAGGUUGGACGACAGCGUAAGGAAACAAAGACUCUAGAAAGUGCACUAUGGGCGGUUGAAGGGGGAGAGAAGCGAUUACUUUGUAAUAAAUUAUCUGGACUAGAUAGUGAAGUUCCUAUGCUUUUGGGUACUUCAGCGGCAGUUCUAGAUAAUGUGAUCUUUUGUCAUCAAGAAGAGUCUACUUGGCCUUUAGGAGAUCCAGCAUUGGUAAAGAAGAGAAUGGAUGGUAUAUUUGCUUCUGCACAGUUUCAGAAGGCAGUUGAAGCUUUAGCUGCUCUCAAGAAAGAGAAGAGUGCCGAUUUAAAACUACUGAUUUGUCGUCAUGAAAUGUUAUUACAGAAGAAACAGGCUAAGAAACGGCUGGAUUUACGUAUUGCCAGGACUACUCAAAGAAUUGAUUGGGUUAUGGCCGAAUCAACUACUUUCCAAAACCGGCUGCAGACCUUAAAGCUAGAACAGAACGAAUUACGUCAACAAAAAGAAGAGAUUCAAGUACGUUUAAGAGAUAAGGAAUGUGCGGAAGCCGAGUUAGUUGGUCUAUCCAGUAAACAACUUUUGGACUUACCGAUUAGUCAACUUAAAGAAAUGGCCCAGGCAGAAGAGAUGGCUGAAUGUAUAGAAGACUUAACCAUGGCCAAUGCUAAACUAGUCCAGGAAAGAGAAAGUAUUCUUAAGGGUCUAGCCGAACAGGAAAGUAUUAAACAUCGAGUAAAUCAAGCAAGAGAAGAGGCCGAGCGACUGAAAGAAGUAGUUAAACAGCUACAGGUUGAGGGUAAGCAGGAGGCUAAAAAGGAAAUGGAGCGGUUACAAAGUAGUUGGCUAGAGAUCAAUGAUAUACUUAAAGAUUGUAUAGGUAAGGAUUUAAGUAGUGAAGAGAUAAAAGAAUGGCCAGAGAUAGAUUUACAUUCAGCUCAAACAUACUCUGAGCUCUUAGGUCUGAUUGAAGAACAAAGUAAGUUGAGGGAUGCAUUGCUUAAACGGGCCGAGGAUGAGUUGGAAGGACAACAUGAUCGAAUUAUCCAAACUUUAAGGGAUAAGACUGGACAGAUGGGAGUCCUGCAAGAAAAGCAAGCAACUAUUCAAAGACGACUGGCUGAAAUAGAUGCCUUACUUGUUCAAGAUAGUGCUAGUUCUACUGAAGCCUUUUACCAAGAGAUUGAAGUGCAACAGACUAUUCUAAGUACAGCUUACGAGCGGAAAGAGUAUAACAAAAAGACCUUAUUGGCCCAAAUGGCUAGAUUACAAGAGGAAACGGCUAAUAUUGUGCAGGAGUCAGAGAAAAGGAAAGAGAAGGAAAUGCUUAUGGCGGAGAUAUCCAAGAAAGCAAAGGAAAAAGAACACCUACUCUGUCUUGGGGGUUUACCCGUUCAAUCUAGUGCUGAGUCUCUAGCUCAAAUCAAAACCACAACUCAAGCGGAAGUUCAGCAACUGAAGGUCAAAAUAGACCGAGCUCAGACUGCUCAAAAGGAACAGGCUCAAGCAGCUGCUCAGAAAGAGGCACAAGAGCUUGCUUCAACUUUGAUUCAAAACCAAAAGCUUCAAAAGAUAGAAGAGUUGCUUGGACAUCUUACUUCUACUAUGGAAACAUCAACUGGUCCUAUUUCUAAGAGCGAAGUCUUACAACGCAUCAAAGACCAAAAAGAAGUUCAGCUGUGUACGGGUUAUAGUAGCACACUUGAAGAAACAGCUAAGUGUCUGGGCGGUUUAGAAGCCACUGCAAAGCUUUACUCUGAGUUCUUAGAACGUGCUACUAAUUCGUGUCCCUUUUGUAAGGCCUUUCUUAACACUGGGAUUGCUAAAGGUCAUUUACAGAAGAUCAGUACGAAUCUGGAACAGGUUACCCAAAGAAAGGAAGAUCUAACUAAGAAACUAGAUUUAGUCAGGCAAUCAGCUGAAACAGACCGCCAACAAGUCAUAAUCAAAACUUUAAUCAAUGCAAUCUCAACUAUUGGCUUGUCCAAUCGCUCGGUUGGUAUUAGUCCUACUAAGCCAGAGCCAGUGGCGGAAUGGACAGCUUUACUAACUCGAUUACAGGCUAAACUCGACUCAAUCAUUCAAGUUCAAAAACUAGACCAAGAAAUAGGUCAUUUACAGGGCGUUGCCAGCUCUAUUAUCCUUCAUAGCACCGACCCACAAGCUCUUGCUGAGGAGCACCGCCAGUGUCUGCAACGCCUCCAGGAAAUCGAGCACUUCGAAGCUAAAGAAAACCAGCGCCACCAGGAGUACCUUACCAAACAGGACAAUGCCCGCAAGCGAAUCAGGCAAAUCGAAGAAACUAUUCAAAAGCGGCGCAAACUAACUGAUGACGUACAUUUACUUAAAAAGGAAAAGAUAGAUCUAAUUGCUAAACAAGAAGAACUUGGUCUUAGCAAAACUCAAAAGACCUCUGAACUCCAAGACCUCAAAGAAAAAGAGAUGGCCUUAAACCGCCGCCAGAAAGAACUUAAGUCUCUUUACCUCUCCCGACAGGGCAUGUCCACUCUUCUCCUAAUCAAAGACAAAAUAGCUGAUACCGAAGACCGCGAAAGAAAGCUAGCUUUAAUCACUUACACCACGGACGACCAAAUCCGUGAGGCCGAACUUCAAGACCAGAACAACUCCAUCCUUGCAAAACAGAACCAAAUCAAACAACGCACUCUUGAAGUCCAGCGCGCGAUCGAACAAAAAAGCCUCAUUGAUAACUCUAUUCGUGCCCAGUACCUUAAAGAACAAAUUGCCCAAUGCCCAGUUACGCCCGCCCAUCUAGAUACACAGGAAACAGCUCUCAAUUAUACUGAGCGCGAGAUAGAGGAGAAACAAAAGGUUCUUUCAGAAUGCAUCGGCGAGUUGACUAAUCUACAAAAACAACACCAAGAAGAUCAAAAGGAGUUGCUUGAAUAUGAUAAAAUUGAAGAGCAAGAACUAUCCGCUUUUAUUACUAUUAAGGUAGUCAAUGAAAGCAUUGCUGAUAUUGAGAAGUAUGUAAAAGGACUUCAAGCUGCCAUUGUGCGCUACCAUGCCGAUAAACUUGCUGAAGUCAAUGCUAUCAUUAAAGAAAUAUGGACAAUGACGUACACGGGUGGAGAUAUAGAUAGCAUCAAAAUUGUUUCGCAGAUGGACAAGAACUAUGCUUUGGUUAUGGAGAAGGACGGAAUUGAGGUCGAGAUGCGCGGUCGAGUUAGUGCUGGUCAGAAAAUGCUUGCUUCUAUUGUUGUUCGACUAGCUCUAGCAGAAGCUUUCAGCACUAAUUGCGGGCUUCUUUCACUUGAUGAACCAACCACUAAUCUUGACAAAGCUAAUAUUCAUGCAUUGGCCAAUGCUCUUUCCUCAAUCAUCCAAGCCCGAAAGGCCGAAGGAACUUUCCAGCUACUAGUGAUUACACACGAUGAAGAGUUUGUUAGUGAACUUCUCAGGACCGAGUGCACCGAGUACUUCUAUCGCAUAGAACGAGACAAUCAAAUGGUACCACGGGCAGAACGGGUUAGUAUUUAUGAUAUUUAG